AGCCGCGCAGCCCCACAUUGGGAAAACUGAGCCAUUGGCGAAGAAAGCGACCAAUAUCUAUCCGGGAGAGGCAAAACAAGCGAGUCUCACGCAACACAAAAGAUGCAGGUGACCAUGCGGUUCUGGCUUUCCAUUAUGACACUCGCCCUGUGCUUGCUGAUCUGUCUGGGAACCCUGGCAGAAGCUUAUCCCUCUAAACCAGACAGCCCUGGUGAGGAUGCCCCUGCAGAAGACAUGGCCAGGUACUACUCAGCAUUGAGGCAUUACAUUAACCUCAUAACACGGCAAAGAUAUGGGAAACGAUCCAGCCCAGAGACGCUGAUCUCCGAUCUUUUGUUGCGAGAAAGCGCAGAAAACAUUCCUAGAUCUAGGUAUGAAGAUCCUGCAAUGUGGUGAUGGGAAUCACAGCUGACUUUCAUAGUUCUUUCCUGGUUUCCACUCCAUGUGCCAUUGGUUAGUUGAUCAGUUGGAAGUCCACCCACCAGUGCAUGCAGUCAUUGUCCUGAAUUCUGUAGAUUUUUUCUCCCUUCAUUAUCCUUGUACGUAUGUUUAUUUAAAUAAAUAACUUGUGUACUCUACAUGGGAACAUUUUAAUGCAAGAGAGUCACUCUAAUGAGGAGCGAUUUUUCAAGCUAUUAAAAUUUAAUUUACAACUUCAUUACUGUCUAAAAUAGCAUGUAUAAUAAUUGUAGCACCCAACCUAAUAAUUGUAUAAAGAGUAGCAUUUGUUUUACAUAUUUGGUCCAGGAGCUCAUUUUUAAGAAUUGAUUUCUACAACAUUAUUUAUUUCAUAACUAUUGCUGCCUAUGACACAACUGAAAAAAAAAUAAAAUUAUGUGGAAAGUG